AAGAAAUUUGAGCCUUCGAGUGGAAAGGUUCAUCUGCCUAACACGCAACAUGCGACAGCUGGCUCCACUAAUCUCAGGCCUGGGAUAGCGUUAUAUUCUGAAAAGGCUUUUUUGUUGUUGUUGCUCACUCAAACCUUAAAUAAUCGUACUGCUUAACAUGAGUUUAGUUUUUAUAUCUUGGUAGUUAUUACUUAGUACCUGAUUAGAUGAUAAAUCACUCAAAAGGACGGUCCUACGGCUUAUGACUUCCUCAUUCUCCCACUAAAUCCGCCUAGUAACAAGUCUAUAAGAGGCAUUAUUGUUAGAGUCCUAUAACCCAAUUAGGAGACUGGAUAAAAUUAAAUUACAGAAAAGAUUCCUUAACACACACACAAAAAAAAGAGUUAAGUUUUAAAGGUGGUAGCUUAUGAAGUCUGACCAACACAGAGGCCUAGCUAUAGAAUCGUUCCACUGUGUUUAGUAUCUUAAGAAAUCCCAAUAAUUGUAUCAUGAGACUAGUAUUCACCGGAUUUUUUAUCAUAUUGCUUCUAGGUUGUGUUUUUUCACUUACACAUAAGGAGACAAUUGUCAAUCGAAUAUUGGGAAAUUCUAAUAGAAAUAUUUCAUCUAGUCUUUGUAAAAAUUGUGAGAAAAAUGAAUACGAACAACGUCUUGGAUACGAAGAACUGAAGCAGCUGAGACUUGAAAUAAUCAAAAAUGACGUUCUCAGAAAAAUGGGAAUGAGUCGACCUCCGAUUGUGGAUGUUGGACAGCAGUCGUCAUACAUGCGUUUGUUGGCCCAAAAAUACAUACUUGAAAGGUUAAACGCAGUUUCACCUUCGUUAGAAGAAGGAACUGACAGUAUUUACGGAAACGCACGAAAUAUUUUUCUUUUUCCGGAAAACAGCACUCGGAAAUAUUUUAAAGACACAGAUGCCAAGACAGCGCUCUUUACCUUUCAACUCAAACCUGAAGUUUUGAUGAAUCAUGUCAAAUCACUAGAACUACAAGCUCUUGUAAAAAUGGAAAAUUCGGAAGUAGUGUUAAAUCAAACUUUCAUGCUUCUGGAAUGGAGGAAACAGGGUAAUAACUGGACUUCUUACAUCAUUGCGAUUAAAGAAACUCCAAUAAAUAAUGAUUGGCUAAAAGCUGACCUGACACACAUUGGAUUGCAGUGGAUAAAAGAAAGACGAAAACUCCACCUAGAAAUAAGGUGCAUCACUUGUAGUGAUGAUUUCCUAAACUCUGCAAUAUCUUUAAACGAAAACAUUAAGCCUCUUUUAAGUUUUCGAGUGCAGUUUUUAAAUCGUUUAGGAAGAAGAAAGCGGAAUGUUCAGAAUUGUUCAGCAACUACCACUCAGUGUUGUCGAGACAGUCUGCAUGUUUCUUUCAGCGAACUAGGAUGGCAAGAUUUUAUAAUCUACCCUGCAGGAUACGACUCCUACUACUGUCGAGGCUCUUGCCUAGAGGACGUCAGUCUGGCACACUAUCAUCAUACUACUGUUGUUCACAGGUAUCUAACAAGGCUCCAUCCCAGCAAUAAACCCCCUCAGCUUAGAUUAUGUUGUUCUCCUUCGCGUCUUUCGUCCAUAACCUUGCUCGUAGCAACACAUAAUGACACUAUUGUACAAAUGGAGAUACCUAAUGCUGUCGUGGAAGAGUGUGAGUGUAUUUAACGUCCUUUCUAUAAUCUUUUAAAAAUUAAACUUUAACAAUAAUAAUGUAAUAUAUUUCACGCUGUAAGUUUUUUAAAUAACAAUUUUUCUAGAUUAUGCGACGAAUAGCAUGAUUAUUAUUUCGCUAUUUUUAUUAAAAAAGACUCCAAACACGAAUUUCAAUAUCACAGAGAAGCUCAAGGGCAUCACGUGCGCAAAUGAUGCAAGCUGCUUGUGUAAGAUCAAGGAGAUAAAAGUAAAUGUUGUAUAGACGCCUUGUUGUAUUAUUUUUAAUUUUGUAAUUGAUAUUUUGCCAAAAAAAGCAUCAUAUCAUGUGAAUGAUAUUAAUAAAAAAAUAGAUGUAUAAGAGCAGGUGGUGUCCAUGUGACAAUAUUUUUUACUUCUAAUGACUUGAAUCGAUUUUAGAUUUGGAAUCGUAUCAAUGGUGUUUUUAAAAUAACUUCAAAUAUCAGUAAGAAGCAAUCAGAUAAAAAUAAUUAUUAGUUACUCCUUCACAUAUCGUUAAAAGUGUACUCGCCAUUUCAGCAAUAUUACAAUAAGCAUGAUGAAACUAAUGGAGAGCAUGGUUUGAAAUUUGAAUGAGACUACUAUUUCACCUUAUGAAAAGCAUUUGGAAAUUUAGAAAUUUACGCAAAUCUCAGUCAUACAUGAGAAGUGGCUUGAAUUUUUUUUUAUUAUGCUAACUAUGAAAAUAUAUUUAUUAGUUAUUUCCGGUGUUUUUUCUCGAACAUAAUAUGAUCGAUAAAGCGCACUUUGUUUAAAACUUUUGCAAGUUCGCCUAUUUUAAUAUUUCAGCACAGGUAAGUCAGUGCUGAUCAUAUUAAGCAAGAAAAUUAAGUCAAUAAUAGGCCUAACGAUUUUUCUCACCUGGAAAUAAUAUUUAUAGAUAAUUGUGACAUCUGGCGUAUGUUUUGUGAAAUAAUAAUUUAUUUAAAGCAGAUAUUUUGGCUACAAAUUACUUAUUCAUUACAUCAGGUAUUUCGCUUUUGUAAUUUUUCUUACUUUAAUGUCACUGAUUUUUGGAUUUAAGUAUUAAAAUCCCUUUUAUUGGGGAAUUCACCUACACUUACUUCUUGGUUCAAAAAUUUUGUCAGGGAGACAAUCAAAACUUUACAUAUUUUGUGUUGCGUCUUAAUUUCCCAGUCUUCUACUUGAGCUUGAGAUUAAUCUUGCUUUAAAGAUGUGUUCAUAAUUAUUCGCGUAAAAAAUUCUAAUUCUUAA